AUGGUCGCUCAAGAACGGUCCCCUGAACGGUUGGGGGACUAUGCCUCUGUUGCAAAAGAAGAAAAUGAGAACGGUGGCCAUCAAAAACUGUGGGCACCGUUCUUUCUUCGCCGUCCGAUCAUGAUUGUAUUUUUGUUCAGUUUCCUGUCACUCUUCGGCACGCUCAUUGCGCUUUAUGUGUACACCCAGCGCCAGGAUAGAAGUUUGGGAAUUGAGACUGAUGGUGAUCGAUACUAUUAUCUAUGGACAUAUGGGCCGACCGCAGUAUUCACGAUCCUCACAGCUGGCUGGAUGCAGGCUGAAUACCGCGCCGCACAGCUCAUGCCGUGGAUUUUGAUGCACCGGGGUCUAACACCAGCUUCGCAGAGUAUAUUCCUCGACUACAUGUCGAAAUGGAACGUUGUAUCGCUAUAUCAAUCCCUUAAGCAAAAGCACUUUCUGGUAUCUCUCUGUGUGGCAGGCUCGCUGCUUCUUAACGGCGUGACUGUGUUUUCAACGGGUCUCUUUGAACUCGACUCAGUGCCCAUCACUCGUCCCUCGAGCCUGACCGUCCCUAAAGCGUUUAGCGGGGCCAAUUAUACGGCGACUCAUUAUGACUCCCGGUCAUAUGCCGCCUGUUCUGCAUUCGCUGCCCGUAAUUUAACGCGUCCUUUCGGUCUCCACGAACCCUACAUCUACACGCCUUUCCAACCAGACAGCUCAUAUGCGACCGGAAACAAUACUAUCCCAAUAGGCCCGAAAUAUCAGGCGGAUAUAGAAGUCAUUGAGCCUUCCCUUGAUUGUCAGAACGGAACUGUGACUUGGGGGUCCGGGCUCAUACCGUCGCCAAACUGGAAUGGUACAGGCAGCCAAACAUACGUGGAAAGAAAUACCACAAUAUGGUCAGCCCCGGACGGAUGUACUUAUAAGAUUCCCGCCAGCAGCAUCGAAUCGAUACUGAACAAGGAGAAUAUCAGCAUUGAGAUGCAUCUAACCGCAUGUGGAGGUGAAAGUGCCAACGCCUACGCUGUCGGCAACAAUUUGCUUGUCGACUGGGCCAUUGAUUGGCGAGUUUGGGCGGCUGUCGUCAAUACGGUUGACGUUAAGCUCCCAAAAAAUCAAUCGCUGCAAUUGGCAUGGAAUGUCCCUCCUAUUCACCUGGUUGUCUGCAAGCCUAGAUAUAAUGCGUAUCGCGGUCCAGUCAGAAUCUGGCGUGAGCCUGGACAAAGUGCAAUAUCAGCAGAUAUCCAACCACAACACUUGAAGGCCACGAAGGGAAUCGCGAAUGUGUCACCAGCAAAGAUUUUACAUAGUAGCUUCCGCUCCUUGAGUCUUACCGAGGCCUAUGGAAGUGCUGUUAUUUCGAAGGAAGAAUUUCACUUUACUGGGCGCAAGGACACGCCACAAGAGGUGUAUUGGAAUGAUAUGCCGGCGUUUACGGAUGCCAUGCAAAACGAGUUCUCGUGUCUUAUGCGGCAGGUCAUGCAGUACGAGCUGCUUCAGUCUGACCCGCACAAUAUUGAGGGAACGGGGCAGUUUAUUGAGGAGCGCCUAUUUGUGCGUCAGCUGUCAUUCUGGCUGAUGGCAGCUCUACUAGUUUGUUUGAUUGCCAUUGUCACCACCCUCCUUUGCUUCUUUAUCCCGGUUGCUGUGUGCCCGCGUGACACGGGGUCUAUUGGGGGAAUGACGGCUGUCUUUGCCCAAAGCCCAGAGUUUAUGACCUCAUUCAAAGGAUCACAGCUCAAGACAGAAUCUCAAAUGGCAGAUACUAGGCUGGGCCAGAUACUUUAUACCUCAAGUCACACGGAGGAAGCGUUCAGGCUACUUCCACAGAAUGAAUCAACGGAUGAGCCGGCACCUGAAGGCGCCAAAUCCAGUGAACAUGAGACCUCUUCGCCAACAUGGUGGUAUCCAUUCUCAACCACAUGGCUCAUAAAGAUUUCCGUGUUUGCCCUUCCCAUCGCCGUGAUUAUAGGCCUCGAGGUUGUCUACCAUAUUUCCUCCAGUACACAUGGUAUCACCCUGGUCGAUGGAAAGUCACCUUAUAUUCACUAUAUUUGGACCUAUAUCCCAGCAUUGGUCAUGUUUAUCAUCCGCGUCGUGUUUGCAUCCGUUGAGUUUGGUGCACGAAUCGUCCAACCAUACGCUCUCCUCCGUGAAGGCUCUGCUCCACCACAAACAACCAUCUUCGAGAACCAGCUUCGCAAAAUCGCCCUCUACGGCGUAUUUGACAAUCUCCAAAAGAAACAAUGGGCCCUCGCAGCAGCCACAACGUCUCUCCUUCUUGCAGCAAUAAACCCAAUCGUGGUAUCCGGUCUUUAUACCGCCGAAGCCUCGUGGCCAACAUCCCCAAUGAAUAUCACGCAAACUACCCGCUGGAAUCUAGGAGACCCCACUCGUGGCGACGAGUUGAAAUAUAGUGACGUGGUGGACUUUAAUACAGACAAAACGGCCGGCCUCAUCAUCCAUCUCAAUCUAUCCGAGCCCCAAUGGACAUACAACAAUCUUGCCUUCCCGCAAUUCGCCCUCUUCGACACCACCAUCCCCCCAGGCGCAGGCUACAUCGACGCCCGCAUCCCCGCCCUUCGCAGUCAGCUCACUUGUGAAAAAACCUCAAUUAACUGUUCCACUGCAAGCACUGGAUACUUUUGCACCUCUGAUGACCCCUGCUAUGAGUAUAAGAGGGGGGAAACCCGUACUUACCUCGUCCCGGCCGAAAAUGCAACCUCAAACUGCUCCACUGACAACAUACUAUACGGUGUAUAUAACGACCAAGUUCUGUCGACCAAAUACUAUUUCCUGAACUGCAAUGCGACAAUAGAAGAAGUAGACGUCGACACAAGACUUCAGCUCCCUUCCUUCUCCAUCGACGCCGACAUCCACCCCCGGGUUGUCCCAAACUCAAAUAGAACAGUCUUCAACACGACAGUUGAUUCCUUUCCUCCACUAAGCACGAUCGAGAAUUACCUCUUCAAAACAAACCCUAACGUCAGAAACAUACUCCGCAGCGCUCUAACUGAUGGCGUCCACGGUGUCCCCGCCGAAGAACUCCUCGACCCGACUGUCCUAGCAGCGCGUCUCAAUACAGUCUGGGGCAUCAUCAUGGCGCAAUUAUUCAAUUCUAAUGGGCGGGAAUCCUUCGAUGACCCGCUGAACACUACGUGGUUCGUGGAGCCUGCUACGAGCCACGCGCCUAUUUACGAAGGCGUCUUCCAUGAUGGCCGGAAGUAUCUCGUGCAAAGUGAAAUCUCCACGCGCAUCUUGGAUGGCGUAUUGGCCGGGAUGGUAAUUUGUGCACUUUCUGUGCUUUGCAUGAUGCGGACAAAGGAGGUUCUGCCCAAGAGUCCGUGUAGUAUUGCUUCAGUUGCGAGUCUCGUUGCUGAGUCAAGGUUAUUGGAACUUUUGAGGGGUACGGAGUAUUCUGAUGCGGGUUUGAGAAAAAGGGGUUUGUUUGAGGGUGUGUUUUCAAUGGGGUGGUGGGAGGUUGAAAAAGAACCGAGUCAGUCUGAUGCUUCGGCUUCGAGUGGUUCGAGUGUAUCUAGUGUUGGGAUUGAAAUCCAAGAUGGAGGCCGUACCUCGGCAGUGGAGAGUGGUGAUGUUAACGAACGGGCAAUUGAUAGGCGGACCAGAUUUGGAAUUGAUAUCGAUGGGAAUACGCCCUUGUUACGUGAUGUUUCAUGA